CAUUCUAAUGGUUGAAGUUAACCGUCCGAUCUAUAUCAUUGACCGGAUAAUUGACUGGAGACACUAGUUUGUGUCUCAAAUUACCCUUUUACUACACCAUGAAUGAAUUUCAUGGAGCUUGAUUACAUAAAGAGUUUGGGGCAGAUGAGCGGGCCUAGAUAUAGAAAGAGGGUCAAGAUCUUUAUUUGCAAUUGAAGGCAAGUGCCACAUUGUUUCCCACCUAUAAGUAGGUGAUUGGAGAAAUGAGAAUAAUAGUUGCCUUGCAAAGAUAGAAACUAAGAGAGAGAGAGAGAGAGGGAAGACAAGUGCUUCAAUACCCAUCUCUCUUCUCUCUUUCUCUGGGAUAUUACUUUUCUAUCUGAAUAUCGUAACAUAUUGUAUUCUCCUCAACUUGAAAUUUUUUGCUUGUAGAAAGAGAGAUUGUAUGAGUAACAUGGUUGCAACCUUGUCAGCUUGGCCUUGGGAGAACUUAGGCCCCUUCAAGUAUCUGCUAUAUGGACCUCUUAUUGCAAAAGUCUUUUAUUCAAGAACUCAAGAGGGAACCAUGAAGGAAACAUGGUGUCUCCAUAUUCUAAUUUUAUGUCUACUUAGAUCUAUCAUGUAUCAGCUAUGGACUUCUUUCAGUAACAUGCUUUUCCUCACUCGAAAUCGCCGAAUUCUACAACAAGGUGUGGAUUUCAAACAGAUUGACAAAGAAUGGGACUGGGACAAUUUCAUAAUUCUACAAGCUCUCAUAGCUUCCAUGGUCUACUUAAUCCACCCAGUAGUCCUCACAAGUGUUCCAUUGUUGGACUCAAGAGGCUUUAUUACUGUUAUGGUACUCCACAUGGGAGUUUCAGAGCCUGUAUACUAUUGGGUACAUAAAUGUUUCCAUGGAAAAUAUCUUUUCACCCAAUACCAUUCACUCCACCAUUCAUCACCUCUACCCCAGCCUUAUACAGCUGGACAUGCCGCAGUUUUGGAACAUCUUAUAUUAACAGCAGUUAUUGGGAUACCAGUACUUGGGACUUGUCUUUUUGGACAAGGAUCAAUUAGCCUCAUCUAUGGCUAUGUAUUGAUCUUUGAUUUUCUCAGAUGUUUGGGACAUUCCAAUGUUGAAAUUGUCCCCCAUAAGUUGUUUCAGACUUUUCCAUUCAUGAAAUACUUUCUCUAUACCCCAACAUACCACAGUCUUCACCACACAGAGAUGGGGACCAAUUAUUGCCUUUUUAUGCCCCUCUAUGAUGCAUUGGGCAAUACCCUCAACAGCAAGUCAUGGGAGCAACAUAAAAAAAUAUGCUUAAAUUCAGGUAAAAAUGGUAGGGUCCCUGAUUUUGUUUUCUUGGCUCAUGUGGUGGAUAUAACAUCCUCCUUGCACAGCCCCUUCGUAUUCCGAUCAUUUGCGUCGACGCCAUUUCGAGCAAGGCUCUUUUUGGUGCCACUUUGGCCCUUCACUUUUGUGGUAAUGCUAGUGAUGUGGGCUAAGUCUAAAACCUUCUUGUUCUCUUUCUACAACCUCAGAGGCUACUUGCAACAGACAUGGGUCGUACCUCGCUUUGGUUUUCAGUAUUUCUUGCCAUUUGCUAAAGAAGGCAUCAACAACCACAUAGAGGAGGCAAUUCUUAGGGCUGAUAAAUUGGGUGUCAAAGUUCUCAGCCUUGCUGCAUUGAACAAGAAUGAGGCUCUCAAUGGCGGUGGAACGCUCUUUGUGAACAAACAUCCAAACCUUAGGGUUCGAGUUGUCCAUGGCAAUACCUUAACUGCAGCGGUAAUCCUUAAUGAGAUCUCUGAGGAUGUUAAGGAGGUGUUUUUAACAGGAGCAACUUCAAAACUUGGGAGAGCAAUUGCGCUUUACCUUUGCAGAAGGAGAGUACGAGUCCUCAUGUUAACUUUGUCAACUGAAAGAUUUCAAAACAUACAAAAGGAAGCUCCAGCAGAAGUUCAAAAGUACCUUGUCCAAGUGACUAAGUAUCAUGCUGCCCAAAAGUGUAAGGCAUGGAUAGUUGGAAAGUGGAUAACACCAAGAGAGCAAAGUUGGGCACCAUCAGGCGCACACUUUCACCAAUUUGUGGUUCCACCAAUUUUGGCCUUCAGAAGAGACUGCACUUAUGGUGACCUUGCUGCCAUGAAGUUACCUCAUGACGUGGAAGGCCUUGGUUCUUGUGAGUACACAAUGGAGAGAGGAGUAGUCCAUGCAUGCCAUGCAGGUGGCGUGAUUCAUCUCCUGGAAGGUUGGACUCACCAUGAAGUUGGCGCAAUCGAUGUGGAUCGAAUUGAUUUAGUGUGGAGAGCUGCACUAAAACAUGGUUUAAAGCCAGUGUCCAGUCUCAAAAAAGCAUUAUGAAAAUUGUAAACGAUCAUCAGCUAUUUAAAAUGGCAAAAUGAUUUGGUUGUAACACCCUCUUGUUACUUCAUUUCUUCUCUCUCCGUUUUUUUUUUUUUUCUUUUUUGAUUUUUUAUAUA